UAAAAAUAACGGUGUAUAACACGGCAGCAUUGUAAACACAGGUCUGUCGGUAUUGCAAUGGAUUAUUUACAUACAGUUUAAUGUUGUAACCAUGUGAGGAGAAAAAGAACAGCAAGAUAGAUCUUCUAGUAGGAUUGAUAGGAGGCGGAGUGUUUAAGGUUUUUGAUGUGAUAUAGAAAUCAGAAAAUAGGAAGAUUUGGAAAUUCAACAAUAAGUUCAGUAAAGGUAGCCGAGUAUAAUGUCCAAUGUGGGAAAAAGUGCACAGUCAAAGAGAUCAAAGAGAACACUUAAUCUGCUAGAACAGGUUAUAAGGGACCAAGUGGCAGCUAAUAUAGAGAGUAUGGACAGACAGGAGGGGAAAAUGAACAAAGAAAGAAAGAUGCAAAUUAAUGGAAAUGCCCAUCAAAAUGGCUUUGAGAGAAAAGGUAGGGAGAGAACCAAGAAGUCAAAAAGUGGUAGUAAAGUCAUAGAAACAAGUGAAGGCCAUAAGAAAAUCAGCGUGAUCAAAGCUAAUUCACUGAAGCAGUCCAGAUCAAGAUCACGGUCAAGUUCUUCCAGCUUCUGGUCAAAUGGGAAGGAUUCCAGAGGUAGUUCAAGGUCAAGAUCCAGGACAUACUCUCGAUCGAGGUCACGUUCCAGUUCGAGAUCAAGAUCUGAUUCUAGGUCAAGAUCAUAUUCCAGAUCCAGAUCCAGGUCUUAUUCCAGAUCCAGAUCCAGGUCUUAUUCCAGAUCCAGGUCAGAUUCCAGAUCUAGGUCAAGAUCCAGGUCAGCUUCCCUUGAAACACCAAGAUCCAAAUCAUCUGAAGAACCAUCACAAUCUACAACAAAAAGCCUUCCAGUUAAAUCAGUGAAAACCAAGGACAGAGACGUGAUGAGUGAUAUAGUCACAGGCAGCAGGACGAAAAAGCCACCCACUGGGCACAGACAAGGAAAACUGCUAAAGAGAAGGCAGAGGAAAUCCAAAGAUAUUAAUCCAGAUGAUUUUAUUGAGGAAAGAUUAAAACAGAAAUACAGGGAACUGGAAGAAAUAGUGAAAGGAAAGAGUGUAAAGACAAACACCAUAACUAGACAGUACAUCGGUCAGAUGGAAAUGUUACGAGAACAGUAUCACAUGGUCAGUCAUGGAUUAGCUCCCCCUGGAUUGAUUUUACCACGGAGUAUGUCACAGGAGUUCAGGACCAGAGGUCAUCUGGAGCACAGUUCAAAGAGCCAGAGACGACCAAUGUCGGGAGGAAGUUACAAUAGUGAACUGUCCAAUAAAUCCACUGAUAUGGCGUACCGAUCCAUGCAAAACGUCAUCCAUUACAGCAAGAAUCCAACGCAUGAAUAUCUCCCCACUAAACCACGAAAGAAAAAAUCCAAGCGCAAGAAUUCAGAGUCAACCAUAGACAAUUUGUCUUUUCACUCACAGACCACUGGGACUACACAGAAGACGGGCGGAUCCACAGUGAACACACCCAGGGAUGUGGAUGCACAGGAAAAGAUGAACUACCACAUCAAAUACUCCAGCAAAGAGGAUCUCAGAAAGUGGCUGAAAGAGAAAGACAAACUUCAUAGAAAGAAAGCCAAAGAGGAAAGAGCAAAGAAAAGAACAGAGCGAGAAAAAAUGGUGCUGGAAGCCAAUGAGAAGUUUGAGAAGAGACUAGAAGCUCAAAAAAUAUAUAAAGAGUGGGCAGAUAAGAAAAAUAAAGAAAUUGCAAAGCAGAGCAGAAAAGAAAGAAAGGAAAACAAACGAAUUCUGAAGGAAUAUGAAGAGCAAAAGGUAAAGAAAGACAUUCGUCCAGUUUCUGCUCCUUUACAGCGCAAAGAUCAUUUGCCAUCAGGUGGUAUUAAGGUGGAGGGAACUGCUGAAACAAAUGUGAAUUUAAGAGGAAAUUCAAGGAAAUCAACGAAUAAUGAUUCAACGGUAACGGCCACUCCACAUCCGCCCACUUCAAAGUUCAUUUACAAGCGACCAGUCGCAGGAAGAAUAAAGCUUGCAGUUAAUGGUCAUGGUCAAGGUGGUCAAAAUGCUAACCAAGAGCGACCUAAAACAGCGUCAUCGUCACGAUCCAGGAGUGCUGAGGGCAACAGAAUGUCGUACGAUCAGUGGGUGUUACAGAAACGAAAACAAGAUCAAAAGAAAAAAGAACUAGAAGAUAAACAUAAACAAGAACAAAUGUCUAAAUCUGAUCCAGACUUGAACAAGAUUAUUCCGGAUAUCGCCAAAAAACGAGUUCAUAAUGUUCUUGAAGGGAAAAAGAGAAUUGACACAGGAGUAAAAAGAAUUGAUGACAAAUUAAACAAGAAAUUUGGAGGUGGAGAUUUCAAGGCAGAAGGACAAGAACAUGAAAAUAGUGAACAGCUUCGUUAUUCAUAUCGACUGGAAUCUGACAGGACUGAAAAAUCAAGUACUUCAGGUCAAAUCAAUGUGUCUGGGACCACUAUAAAACGACCUCCAUCUGGAACAAGACGACCUCAAACAGCUCCAGUGGGCAGGGUGCCGCCUCCCAAGAAAUCCUCGGGUUCUCCUCGACAGGCUGUAGUUCCAAAGCUAGAAGAAGUUAUGAAUGAAGAAAACACUUCUAAUCCGUUCAAGCUGCCUUUUCCUAGUGAACAAGGAGUCCCAAAGCAUGUGGCUUCCAGACAAAGGCAGCUUUUUGCAGAACAAGUUUGGGAGAGGUUGGAGAGUGACGAGAGACCUGAACCACAGGGUAGUGAUGUUCCAGAGCCUGCUACUUGCAUAGGGCUGGGGAGUCCACCUGAUGACAAACGUGAGGAAUCAAACGUCAAUGGGAAAUUGAAAACAGAAACGAACAAAACAGAGAAUAAUGGAAUGCAGUCGGAAGACCAGGUAUCUGAUGAAAAACUAAAUGCAAGUGAGAAAGAAGAUGGGGGAGAGAUAUUUUUGACUCAAUUUAAUUCAAUGGACAAUUUAAAUAGGAUAGAAAAUAGCAAGUUUGAAGUACCAGAAACAGAAGGGAAAGUAGAGGAAAAGCCUAGCAUAGAAAAACUUAAUCUGAAUUUCUCAGAUAAUCCACCGAGAGAUGAUGUAUCGGAUUCAGAUGAAACGCCAACUGAUCGUGAACAAAACGAUGAAGAUUUAGAGGAAAAGAUCGAAUCUGUGCAAUCCCAGGAAGAAAUCCCGACAGAGGAUAAAGCUAGCGAUGAUGGAAAACACGAGGGAAUCGGAGAGGAAAGCAAUGAUACCACCAAUGCGGAAACAAACGAUAAAGAAAAGAAAAAUCCAGAAAAUGUAGACAUUCUUAAUUUGGAUCUAGAGAAUACUACUCGAAGCAGCAAAAGGGUGUCUUUUAAUGAAGACCCAGAGGUGUUCCAAACGGAAGAUUGGAGUACAGACACUCAGACACCAGAUGAAGAACACUUUAAAUCUGGUAUUGAUAACUCCUCUAACCCUUACGAAAAGGAUAAUGUUACAUCUAGUCUUGACGAUGAUUUUUAAAAUUGAUUCAUCAGAAAUAUCUCAGUGCACGAAACUUCACUGGAACUUUGUUUAGGUUCUUACUUUCAUAUUUGAUACAGUAAAUGAUCAUUUACCUUCUCAGUAAUGUUUCACAAGAAAACUGGAUUGCAAUAUUACUCAUAUGAUUCAACAUGAUUUAUAUACUAAAUGUAGCUUUCAUGAGGAAGUCUGGUAUAUUUUGUUCUUCUUAAGCAGAUUUCGAAAUCAUGUACAUGUAUAUGUACAAUUCAUCAUUUCGUAACCAUGGUAAAUAAUAUGCGCUAACCCAAGGGAUGGUUGCGUAUAUCGUAUCCACGAAUCUCUAAUUCUUUAUGAAAUGUGUUUGAAAAGAAUUCUUGCGCAAUAUAUACGUUAUAUCUCGUGAUUUUAUUUGUGUAAAAAGAAUUAUGACUCUGACUUUACAAUAUGUUAUUAAGUGGCCACAAUGAAGAUAAUUUUCAAUUCUAGCGAAUCGAUUUGAAUGAAUGAAUAAGACUGGAAACAUGAAAUGGAUCCACAUGUAGUGUAAAAUACGUAUAUUGAUGCAUAGUGAUCUGAAUCGUUUUGUGUAGUGUCGAGGAUUGCUAGUUUACAUUUACUGCAGUCCAGCCGUGUUUUGAAGACUGUGAUAAUGCUGUAUUUGCCCAUUUAUAUUACUGUUAACUUUUAUGUAGACAUUCUAACAUGUUGCUCAAUAACAGACAUUUCGGAGCGAUAUUUCGUCCCUUCUGUACCUGUAGGAAAGCUAGAGUAAAGGGUGGAAAGGUAGAGUUUGGUCCUGCGACCCCUCAAAGAAUGAAUGAUUUUUUUUAAAUUUUUGAUAUGUUAUUAACUUAUUUAGUUGAGACUUCAAAAGUAAUUAAUGUAGGCCUUUUUAUCCUUAUACAUGAUGGAGAGAUCUUUUAACGUGCUGUAGUACUGGGAUCAAUGAAACAUGUAUUAGUUGUACUUCAAAGCAACACCUGUCGUUCGUGCCUUUGUAAUAUAAUACGUCUUCUUGAGGAUAAUUUGUUUAUUCAUAAUACGCCUUUGGAAACUCCGUCCAACAGUUGAGAAGUAAUAUUGAUUUGUUGCACAUAGAUAUAUUUAGUGUUUAUACAAAUGUGCUUGUUACAUGCAUGUAAGUACUGGAGCUAUGUAGAAUUAAACAACUGGUAACUGGU